AUGUCGCAACAACAGCAACAGCAACUGCAGAUGCAGAUGCAACAACAGAUGUUGCUACGUCAGCAAAGACAGCAGGCAGCAAAUUCUAACCCAAAUGCCGUGCGUCAGCAGUCUAAUAUGGUAGACCCUUCUCUGCAGAUGCAAAUGCCUAUGCAGAUGCAACCUCAAAUGUACAUGCAGAUGCCUAAUGGUAUGCAGAUGCCUAAUGGCAUGCAGAUGCCCAAUGGUAUGCAGAUGCCCAUGCAAAUGCAGCCUGGUAUGCAGAUGCCUUUAGGUCGACAAGUUCCUAUGCAAAUGCCUAUGCAAAUGCAACCUCAAAUGUACAUGCAGAUGCCUAAUGGUAUGCAGAUUCCUGCUACAUCCACUUCUGUUGCUGCUCCUAACAUUCAGCAAAGAUUGUCCAUUACUAAUGCGUCUGCUGUUCAAGCAGGAUCUGUUCCAGCCCAAUCUGCAGUACCCAUUUCUGCACUUGCUCAGGCAUCUAUGGCAGUCCCAGCUGGCUCAUCCAAUAUGAUAAAUACUUCUAUUACAUCUUCUGCUGUUGAUCCAGGUCAAGCUCAACCCACACCUCACGCAGCUUUAAACAUACAGAUUCCAUUUUCAGCUGGCACUCAAUUACCGAUGCAAGCCACGCCUAUUUCAGGUAUGAUGCCACAUGGAGCUCCAGUUGCUUCUACAAACUUAGGAUCUGCGCAAGUUCCUUCCGCUCUAGCACCACCUAUGGCUGCUACACCACUUACUUCAAAUCCUGUUUCUGGUUAUGCUGCCACACCUGUUCAUGCAGCUACGCAUUCCACUCCUGGCUCAAAUAAUAUUGCUGGAGUACAUGAUGCAGGAGCUGCUGCAAUAAACACUUCAGCUGGAGCUGCUAAUUCUGGUUUACAAAUGCCAAAACGACUCAGUUCUGCUGACGGUGAGCAGAAACGACGGAAGCGACCUACUGAUAAAUCACUUCCGAAAAAGAUGGAGACGUAUGUUCCAGAAGCUCGGCUAUAUAGCCAAAUGCAGGAGUUUGAAAAGCGGCUUGAUGCAACCAUUACUAGAAAAACGCUCGACAUUCAAGACAUUCUAGUCAAGCCUUCAAAGAGAAUCUCUCGAGUUUUGCGCGUUUUUUUAUCGAAUCUCGCUACUUCACAUCAGUCAGCCGAUGCCUCUACUGAUGGUAUGGAAACAGGUGUCACUUUGGCUGACUGGACACUCAAAGUGGAGGGUCGUUUGAUUGAUGCUCCAAAUACUCGCAGACAACCUGCCUAUCUUCCCAAAUUUUCUGCAUUGAUUAAAAAAGUUGUUGUUGAGCUACAGCGCGAUCCACUUGUGUAUCCAACAGAUAAUGUGAUAGAGUGGAAUAAAACCGUUGGUUUACAGGAAGUGGAUGGAUUUGAAAUCAAAGGAGAGGCAAACACAAACUUUCCAGUGCGUAUCAUGUUGUUUGUAGAAGAUCAUAUUGAAAAGUAUCGGUUGUCUCCUUUGUUGUCCAGGAUGUUGGAUGUACACACAGACACACUUGCAAAUGUGAUUACUGCUUUUUGGCAGUAUGUCAAGCUGCAUCGCCUUCAAGAGGUAGAGGACCGUAGAUUUGUUCAUUGUGAUGAAUUGAUGAAGCAGGCAAGUUUAAUACCUAUUGUAUUUAUUGACAAGGAGUACCAUGUACACCCACAAGCAUUUGACAUUGAAAUCGAGAUUGAAGAUCCCAUUCGUGACAGAUACAAGUCGGCAGCAGCACCCAAUGCCUUCCUAACCCAAGAUAUCUGCUUUUUGGAUGACAAAAUUUCUGCAGCAGUGCAGUCGAUUAAUCUUAUCAAGGUGCGACGUGAUUUCAUGCUUUGGUUUGCCAAGGAUCCAGUUGGGCUGAUUAAUCAAUGGGUAGCGAGCCAAAGCAGAGAUUUGGAGCUGGUUCUUGGAGAUACUAGGAUCAAUGAGGAUGAGAUUCGAAGGAGUGAGUUUUAUCAAAACGACGCAGUUCGAGAGGCUCUAUUUCACUAUCUUCGGCAAAAGGAGUCGAUGUGA